GUUCUUUAGGCAUAACAACGCGGGGUUGGCCCCUGCAUUCUCAACGAUCUUCCACCGCAUGCAAGCCACAAAGCUUGCUCUUUUGCGCACAGCCGUUGGAUUUUGCCGGCAGCGACGUCAAUCGAGACAGCUUCCUCAUCACUCCCGCUGGAUUUCUCCGCCCAUAGCCGCCGGAGGAAUUCAUAGCGAGGGGUUUCCAGGAACAAGGUACGAUUCAAACGGGAAUCCGGGAUGUGGGAAUCCGGGAUUGACGGCAGAUAUGGAAUGAUAAGUAUCCGCUUCCCCAUCUACACAAUACGAAACUGUAUUGAUCGAUAUCGACAUGAUGCGUUUCUCAAAGACCUCAAUUCCAAUCCUCCUGGCCACCACCGCCUCCGCCGCGGUGCUGCCAUGGAACUCAACGAUCCCUCCCCCCGAUGCGAACGGCAAAUACACUCUCCGCAGCACCGGCAUUGUCGCGUCGUUCGUCCCCUACGGCGCAGCGAUCUCGAAUCUCUUCGUUGCGGAUAAGCACAACAGCACACGGGACGUCGUCUUAGGCUGGGAAAACGCAACGUUCUACACCGAAGACCCAUGGCACGACCACUACGGCAGCGUACCGGGCCGGUAUGGCAACCGCAUCGCCAAUGCGUCGUUCACCAUCGACGGCGUCGAGUACAAAGUCGACGCGAACGAGCACAACGGGACCAACACCCUGCACGGCGGCAGCAACGGAUGGGAUUAUCGGAACUGGACGGUCACCGCGCUGACGGACUCGAGCAUCACCUUCUCGCUGUUCGAUGCCGACGGGGAGAUGGGCUUCCCCGGGGAUGUCCUGGCGACGAGCACCUACACGCUCACGCCGUACACCUGGCACAUCACGCUCACCGCCCUGUCGCUGACGAAGAAGACGCCGUUGCUGCUGACCAGCCACGUCUACUGGAACCUCGACGGCUUUGCCAAUCCGGAUUCGGAGAAAGUGUACGAUCACGAGCUGCACCUGCCGUUCUCGGGCAUGCGGAUCGGUGUCGACGACAAUCUGAUCCCGACUGGCGAGCUGCUACCGAACAAAAACGGCAGCGUCACGGACUUCUGGUCGCAGCCGAAGGCGAUUGGAAAGCACCUCAACGAUACCGAGCGGGGGCCCGACUGUGGCGCUGGCUGUUCGUUCUACGAUAACGCGUUCCUCGUGGGUCCCCACGACAAGGAGAACCAAUAUGUGGCGCGGUUGAACAGCCCUUGGAGCGGCGUCGAGGUCAAGGUGUUUACCGACCAGGCCGCGUUCCAAAUCUACAGCUGUGCGGCGUCCAAUGGAACGAAACCCAUUGGGAAGAGUACGCAGGGUUUGUCUGGACGGCCGGCGGUGAUCCAGGAGGGCGGAUGCGUGGUCAUGGAGGCCGAGGACUGGAUCGAUGGUAUUAAUAACCCGGAGUGGGGGAGAAAGCAGAUCUGGGGGCCUGAGGAUGGUCUAUUGACAUUUAAUGCGAGGUAUGAGUUCUCGACGGUGUAUUAGCUAGGAUAUCGGGAUGGGAGUCUGUAAUGCCCGCCAAAGAGAUAAUGAAUGUACGUCUACCACAAUAAAUAGCUCUGCU